CUGGCUGGCAUGGCAGCACAGAUGGCAGACACUCCUUGGCGCCCUGUGCCUUCAGAAAUCCAGCAUCCAUACUCCAAAUUCUCGGAUUGGAAGUUCAAACUGUUCCGCAUCAAGUCCAUUGAGAGAGCUCCACUCUGUCCAGACAAAGAAAACCAACCGCCAGACGUGACUGAGUCUGAAUCUCCAAAGGACGCCGACAUGCUCAACGAGAGGCCGGGCCUUGCUGGCGUCAUGAAGCUCUGCUUAGGUGGAAAGUCAAAAGAAUCCAUCCAGAAGAAUUCGUUGGACUUGAAGCUGGCGGAAAUCGACACACAUAUGAAUAACCUGAGGAUGCUGUGCAGACUCUGUGGCUCCACAUUGAAGAAAUAUCAAGCCAACUUAGAAUAUGAAGUUCAAGGGCUACUGGACAACAUGAGCAGGGAGAAGUUGAGGAAGAUGGGCUGCAGGGCCAGCAGCUGGCCAGAAGUCAUCUUAAAGGUGUUCAAGGUGGACGUCACCGGUGACCUCGAGACCGUCCACCCCACCUUUUUUUGCCACAGCUGCUGGAAGAUAGCCAUUAGAGGAGGGGGUUUCUGCUGCUUCUCUCGCAUUCGUGUACCACAGUGGAGACCCCACUCUGUUCUUUGCAAGCUUUGCUUCCCCAGAGGCUCUGUCAAGCGGAAAGGAACUCCUCAAAGCCUUCACCUAAUGAAGAAAGCAAAAGUAGAGAUGAAAGAACAGAAGAGAAGGCGGAACGGCCAAGAUGAGGGUCAGCCAAAACAUUGGUCCAAGCUGCAACGGCAGCGGAAUUUAUGGGUCAAGAGCAUCACGCGCUGUAAAAAAACACACCUCAGCUCCAGCCUCUUGACCGCUGACUACCCUGUGGACUUUGUCCACUCCAUUAGCUGCCAGAUCUGUGGCCACAUAGUGGCGGACCCCAUCCAGAACUCAUGCAAGCACUUGUUCUGCAGGUCUUGCAUCCUCAAGUAUACCCAAGUCAUGGGCUCCCAUUGUCCCGUGUGCAAAGUUGCCUGCUGCUCCUCCAAUCUGGCUCCCCCGGCUAAAUCUUUCCUGAAUAUCCUUCAGUCCUUACAUAUCCGCUGCCCUUCCGAAGACUGUGGAGAGCAGGUGAAGAUUGAAGACUACGGACCGCACACGCUCAGUCACCGAGAGUUCAAAGCCAACGAGGCCUACUCGCCGAUCAACAAAGGUGGCCGGCCCCGGCAACACCUGCUCUCCUUGACCCGUCGGGCGCAGAAGCACCGGCUCAGGAUGCUCAAGCAUCAGGUGAAGAUGUUUGCAGAGAAAGAGGAGGGUGGAGAUAUAAAAUCGGUGUGCCUCACAUUGUUCCUUUUGGCCUUGAGAGCUGGCAACGAGCACAGAAAGGCGGAUGAGCUGGAGGCCAUCAUGCAAGGACGAGGCUCCGGCCUACACCCUGCAGUCUGCCUAGCAAUUCGAGUCAACACCUUUCUCAGCUGCAGUCAGUACCACAAAAUGUACCGCACAGUGAAAGCGACAAGCGGACGGCAAAUCUUCCAGCCCCUGCAUGCUCUCCGAAAUGCAGAAAAGGCGCUUCUGCCAGGAUUUCACCCAUAUGAGUGGCAACCAUCUUUGAAAAAUGUCUCAAGCAACACAGAAGUAGGCAUCAUUGAUGGCCUAUCAGGAUGGAAAGCUUCAGUGGACGAUGCCCAGAUGGACACUAUUGCUCGUAGGUUCCGUUAUGAUGUCGCCAUGGUUGCUGCUCUCAAGGACCUAGAGGAGGAUAUCCUUGAAGGAAUAAAGGAGCAUGAGUUGGAUGAUUCCUCCACCGAAGUUCUUACAGUGACAGUAAAAGAGUCAUGUGAUGGAAUGGGAGAUGUAAGUGAAAAACACGGUGGUGGUCCAGCACUACCAGAAAAAGCUGUGCGCUACUCUUUCACGAUUAUGUCAAUUGCGACACGAGAUGAAGAGGGCAACAACGUUAUGAUCUUUCAAGAGUCCAAGCCUAAUUCUGAACUGUGCUGCAAGCCACUCUGCCUGAUGUUCGCUGAUGAAUCGGACCAUGAGACAUUAACAGCCAUCUUAGGCCCCGUGGUGGCCGAAAGAGAAGCUAUGAAGGAGAGUCGAUUAAUUUUAGACAUUGGUGGACUUUCUCGGUGUUUUCGCUUUAUUUUCCGAGGUACAGGCUACGAUGAAAAACUGGUAAGAGAAUUAGAGGGAUUAGAAGCCUCUGGAUCGACGUAUGUAUGCACACUUUGUGACUCUACCAGGGUUGAAGCAUCCAGAAACAUGAUUCUCCACGCCAUCACUAGAAGUCAUGAAGAGAACUUGGAACGUUACGAGAUCUGGAGGUCCAACCCAUUCUCAGAGUCUGCUGAUGACCUCCGGGACAGAGUCAAAGGCGUUUCAGCCAAACCUUUCAUGGAGACCCACCCUUCCAUCGAUGCACUUCACUGUGACAUUGGAAAUGCAGCUGAGUUUUACAAGAUUUUCCAGGAUGAAAUUGGGGAAGUCUUCCAAAAUCCCAACCCUACAAAAGAGGAAAGAAAAAGAUGGCAAUCAGCUCUGGACAAGCAACUGAGAAAAAAGAUGAACUUAAAACCAGUUAUGAGAAUGAACGGAAAUUUUGCUCGCAAACUCAUAACCAGUGAAGCAGUGGAAGCAGUUUGUGAACUCGUUCCCUCAGAGCAGCGCAAAGAAGCUCUUCGAGAACUCGUGAACCUCUACCUUCAAAUGAAGCCUGUCUGGCGUUCAACUUCUCCACUUAAAGAAUGUCCCGACCUGUUAUGUCGAUAUAGUUUUAACUCACAGAGCUUUGCGGAGCUUCUCUCCACCACCUUCAGUUAUCGCUAUGAUGGAAAGAUUACCAACUAUUUACAUAAGACGCUGGCUCACGUACCUGAAAUCAUCGAAAAAGAAGGAUCCAUCGGCGCUUGGGCCAGUGAAGGAAACGAGUCAGGAAAUAAACUCUUCCGUCGUUUCCGUAAAAUGAAUGCUCGACAGUCCAAGUGCUAUGAGUUAGAAGACAUUCUUAAACAUCACUGGCUGUAUACUUCAAAGUACCUCCAGAAGUUUAUGGAGGCACAUAAGAAUUCGGUUAAAGCUAUCGAAGCCACCAUCACACCGAUAGAGACUGAAGAUGACCCUACUGAUGUUAUAGACUCUCUCGAGUUCUGAGGAAAUUGAAGGUUAAAGCUGAAAUGACGUGAUCGUUUAAAAAAUCAUUUCCUUGUGUGCUGACUAAUGUCAUUGACCAUGGAAAUGGUAGAAUGAAUUAGUAGCCAGAAAUGCUUUGUCUUUGCAGAGUCAGCUGAGAGAAAGUUAAGACAAGAAUCUUCAGUUGGUUUAGUCGCUAGUGAUCUGUUUAAGUGAUAAGGUACGGGUGAAGAAAGAUUACCAUUGUGAGCGCAGCCGACUAUGCCAAUUGCAUUAGGAAAAUCAGAAGAAUUUCCUUUUGCUCUCAGCUUGCUGACCCUGAUAUUCAGGAAAUUGGAUACAUCUAGGUAGCAUCUUAAUUAUACCAUCCCAUAUAGAUGGCAUGACACCACUCAAGAACAAGAGCGAGAUUCGUGAGUGGUCAACCAGUUCAUGCCGAAUACUGGCUGUCGCUAAAUACCCUAAAACAUGUAAUGGAACAGGGAUCGCUUGAUGGUCUCCGUAAUGUAGGUUCCAUUUCAUCACAUAACUUCAAGAAAACAGCUCUAAGAAGUUUAAAUGCAGCUUAUAAGGCAGUCAUUAUCAAAAACCAAAACAUCAUCACAAUCCUUGAAAAUUCACUCCUUGUGUAAGCCUGCCAUCACCAGUGUUGUCAUACACCAUGCAACACACCCUCUCUAUAGGCUGAAUGCUAAGAAGAAGGAGACAUUGCAUUUAUGUAACUCGUUUCAAGACCCUUAAAGUGCUUUACAUAGACACUGGGGGGGCCACUUCAAUAAUUCAUUAGACACCGAUGUGCAAUAUCCACCUGGAGGAGGCGAUGGCAGCUAUUUUAUACCAGUACACUUACAACAAUUUAGAGAAACGAUGAUGAACAGGAGGCCAUAAUGACCAGGUCAUGAUCUUGUAUGACCACAGAGAGUCAGGACCUCAGUUUUUAUGUCUCAUCUGAAGGAUAAGGCAGCUUAUUAUUAAGUGUAGGCAUCAGGCGUUAUUGCCAACACUGAAGACCACUGGAUUGGGAGAACGUCAGUAAACUGUAAAACUAUAAACAGUUUAAGAACAUCAGAAUGUGACCCAAGUGACAGUUAUUCUAAUAUUACUACUACUACUA